AAACUUCCAUCUACUUCCGCAACCCUAAAGCAGGAGGUGUUUAAAAAAGCUUCAGCGAAGCAAGUGAAUAUUAACUCAUUCAUUUUUAAGAAUAUUGCAUGAUCUCUUUGACUUCUUACAUUUAAGUUGUCAACUACUAAAAACUGUAACUUCUUCUGAAUCAGCAACAUUACUACAACCAAUCUGAACUACCUUGUUCUACAACACUCAUAAUUUGAUUUCUAUACUUUUUAGAAGACCAAUCACAAAACCACUUUGCCCACAAUGAAUCAAUUCUUGCUUCACGAAGACGCCAACGGCUACGCGCUGUUCCAAAAGCUCGAAUCUGAGGAGAUCGCCAAGGAUUCCGAUGCCGCUCAAGAGGCCUUCGCCACCUAUGACGGCUUCAAGAAGUUCGCUAAAUUGGUCGCUUUCUUGCCUUUCGAAUCUGCUGAAGCGGCAUUGGCAGAGUGCAAAGCUAUCGCUGGAGGAGAAGUGACUUCGACCCUGGAGAACUUUCUGGAAAUGAACCUGCCGAGUGCAAAGAAGAAGAGCACGUAAGAAUUCUUGUUCUUGAAUUAAUAGAAUUUUAUAAUUUGAAUGGUGCCUAUUCUGAAAAAAUACAAGAAAGAUCAAGUAGGCUGGCAAGAUUAAAAUGGAACAUUCCUCUUACCACAGGUACCAGCUUGGUGUCUACGACGCUGCUCUCGGUAACGCAUUGAAUGCUAAGUUUGUCUGCAACUGCGGCGCUGCUAUCAAAGAGUUGCUUCGUGGAUGCUUGAUGCAUUUCCCAAAAUUUAUCAAGGAGUUGAAGGAAGAAGACCUUCAAAAGGCGCGAUGCGGUCUCGCACACUGCUAUUCUCGUGACAAGAUGCAGUUGGAUCCAAAUCGACAGGUACGAAUUUGAACUACAGGAAUGAAUGCGGAAAAAUGCUUCUACAUUUUUCAGAACACCAAACUACUGGCAACAUCAUCACUCUCACCCCCAUCCACGCACAAAAACGCCUAGAAGUAUCCCUUUUCUGUAACUUACACCUCUCUCUUUCAAAAAAAGAAAACGCUAACCAUCACCUCUCUCUUGCAAAAAUACAACAGGACAAGCCAAUCAUGAACGUGAUUUCUAUCCUCGACAAUUUGGACAAGAAUAUCAACACUUUUGCUAUGCGAGUCAAAGAGUGGUAUGCUUGGCACUUUCCGGAGCUCACAAAGAUUGUCAACGACAACGUCGUCUAUGCUAAGGUAGAACUCUUCACUAUUUAUUACCUUUUUUAGUACUUGUACUUGUGCGUUGCUUUGUUGAUUUUUUAUCUAUCAUGGUUGUUACAAUUACAAUUAGGAGCAUGAUCAGCUUUUUUUUGAUACUUUUUUUAUACGAUUUCAAACCCUAAUAUUGCUAUCACGACUAGGAAUAUCGAAUGGUUCUCCUUCAAAGAUGUCAUCUUCCCACAAUCACGCAUGUCAACCCCAAAUCUCAGGUGUGCCGCGUCCUUCAACUGAAAGACAAAUUCGACGUUGAAAAGGACAUGCCAAAGCUCGUCGAGGCUUGCGGUGACGAAGAUAUCGCUAAGGAAGUUGUUGCUGCUUUGCAGAUCUCCAUGGGGCAAGACAUUGUUGAAAUCGAUAUGCAAAACAUCGAAAACUUCGCUGGACAGGUUGUUGAGCUGGCUGCGAUGCGACAGAUGUUGACAUACUACUUGAAGAGAAAGAUGGACAUCGUGGCACCAAACUUGGCGGCAUUGGUCGGCGAGCACGUCGGAGCACGAUUGAUCAGUCACGCAGGAAGCUUGACGAACUUGGCAAAGUAUCCGGCGAGCACUGUGCAGAUCUUGGGUAAGAACUGAUUAUGUUGAAGAUAUUCGAGCUUUUGCUUGAUUCAUUAUAGGAUACAACCAGCUACAGCUACUUUCUUGAUGACUGAUUUUGUGUAUGGUUCUGGUAUUUUUGGUAUAGCCUGAAUUUGAUCAUAAGGGUUCUCUUCUUGUUGUUUUCCCUUAUGAUCAAACUCAGGUUACCAAAUACCGGAGCCAUUCAUUUUGAAGUUAGAACAUCACUUCCCCAGCUGCUCCUUCGUAGAAUAAAACUGAGAAUUGUGAUAAUUCAACACUUUUAGGAUCCUUCUAUCAAGACAAAAGCAAAAACUGAACCUCCAAAAAACCACAACACCAUAGGUGCCGAGAAAGCUCUUUUCCGUGCUCUCAAGACCAAGGGCAAUACGCCAAAGUACGGCCUUCUCUACCACAGCAGCUUCAUCGGCCGCGCUCAGGCUAAGAACAAGGGACGCGUGAGCCGAUAUUUGGCUAAUAAGUGCUCCAUCGCAUCAAGAAUCGAUGCCUUCAGCGACCACUCUACCAAGCUCUUCGGCGAACGCAUGAAGACCCAAGUUGAGGACAGACUGACGUUUUUGGUCGAAGGCACGAAGCCAAAGAAGAACGUGGAUGUCAUGCAUGAGGCAUUGGCGGCAGUGAGAGAGGAAAUCGCGGAAUUGGCGAAGAUGGGACCAGUAGUAGCCGGAAUCUCGAAAAAGAGAAAAGCGGAAGAAGCGGUAAUGAAGAAAGCUCUUUUGCGAAGAUAAAGGCUCACUUUAUCUUUAGUCGAUUCACAAUGAAGAUAUCAUGAUACAACAACUCGACUUCAUCUUGGGUGUAAUUUUUUGAUUGACGAAUGUGAAUCCAAUACCAAUUUUUAUUCUGCUCAACACAGGACCCAGAAACCGACAGCGGUGAAAAGAAGAAGAAAAAGAAGAAGAAAACUGAAACGACAGAAGCAGCAGCGACAGAACCAGCACCAGCAGCUGAGCCAGUAGCAGCCGAAGGAGAGAAGAAGAAGAAAAAGAAGAAGAAAACUGAAACGACAGAAGCAGCAGCGACAGAACCAGCACCAGCAGCUGAGCCAGUAGCAGCCGAAGGAGAGAAGAAGAAGAAAAAGAAGAAAGAUAAGACUGCUGAAGCAGCACCAGCAGAAGCGGCACCGGCAGAGGCGCCAGCAGCUGAAGCAGACGGUGCAGAGAAAAAGAAAAAGAAGAAGAAAGCCAAGACUGAGUAAGUCUUUUAGGGGGACUUUACAUGUUUCAAGCUGAUUGUAGUUGUUCCUUCAUGAAUAUGACGGAAUGACAAAUCGAGCUCUGCGAUUCAAAGCUAUCGCAGAUUAAGGGACGAGCUUCUUCGAGGAAAAAAUGAUCAACCUCUCUUUUAUUUGACUUCUUUCAGCACCUUCUGGGUUUAUCCAGUUGUGACUUCUUUGAUUUCUUUGACUUUUGACUUGGUUUACAACAGGACUCGUUUUAUCAGAUUUAGAAAAUAUAGUGACAACAAAAAUGAAUAAGUUUCAAGUUGGUUUUCAAAUGUAGCGCAGGAGAAGAUUUUCAAGAUCGCACUUUCUUAGAUAGUUUUAGAAAUAUGGGCCCUGGCCCAGAAGAACUUUCUAUAUCCGAAAAUGUACGGAGGACUAUGAGACCGAUUUUCGAUCGUUAGGGACCUUUAUUUUCACGAUGAAAUGAACGUGCAGGAAGAUGAUCAGGGGUUGCAAUCCUUCUACUUAGAUUUAUGGACCUACAUAAUUGCAACCUACAACCGCCACACCUGCAUAUGCACCCUUGAGGAACUCCAAGAUGUUAUUGAAGUAUGAUGAAUUCUAAGAUCGACCUUUUUUUUACUUGAUUUAUUUAUACGUCAGACAUUUUCAUGCAUCACCAUCAAUAAGAGACGCGCUAUUUUUAG